AUGAACAAGAGCACAGGGAAUUUGCCAGUUUCGCGCAGAGAAAUGUAUCAUCGAAUCGAAGUUCUUUUCUGCGACAAGAACGUUCCGUCGGAUCCAGGAUUCAAGAUGGUAUUAUCUCAGAGGCACACAUACGCUGAAAUGACAGCGCGUGUAGCUGAGCGCCUCAAUACGGAUCCAGAAUGCAUCCAAUUCUUUAGGACUACGAAUUAUCGUGAUUGUCCUGGCAAUCCAUUACGCUGUGAUACCCAGGGAACUCUGAAGGAUUUUCUGUCAUACAACAAGCCGCGAAUGGCGAAGAAGCUCUUUUACCAAUUGCUCUCCAUUAAGGUGUUCGAGUUGGAUCGUAAAAAGCAAAUCAGAUGCGUCUGGAUGAGCAUGAACUGCCGCGAGGAGAAGGAGAUCGUGCUUUAUCCGAAUAAAAACGGAACGGUGCGUGACUUGUUGGACGAAGCCGUGGCCUCGCCCCACGUCCAGUUGGUGGGUCGGGAAGGCGGUGGCACAGGUACGCUCCGUCUGCUCGAAGUGGCGGCCUACAAGAUCCAGUCCGUGCAGCGUGACGACGCGCCUCUGGAAUCGCUCAAUGUCUCUGCCCAGAAGCAGUUUCGCAUUGAGGAGGUUCCGUUGGAGGAAGCCCUCGUCGCUCCCGGCGAGCUUGUGCUGCCCUGUGCCCAUUUCCACAAGGAAAUCUAUUCCAACUUCGGCGUUCCUUUCUACGUCAAAAUCCGAGAGCGAGGAACCGAGAUCAUUCAAAAAUUAGAUUGGGCUUCUCAGUACUCCCUCCUCUUGGCUAGGGGACGGGGUUCAGAAGGAGCGGGUCCGGUCACCCGCCAGUCGGUCAAACCACGGUCCGCCAGCCCGGGCAGUGCUUGGUCUCCUGAAUCCCCAGCACACCAAACCGCGGUCCGGAAACCAUACUGCUCACCAAAGCCUGCAAAGUCAAUGAACCAAGAUUUUAGAAUCAAUGGGAUUCGAGUCACCCCAUUGUUGGGGUGCCCCAACAAUUGGGUGACCGACCCGCAGUUUUUUGGGCAAGGGAAUUCCGGAGACCAAGGAUUGUCUUGGCUGGUGGGUGCGCAACUGUGGUUUGACCAACUGCUGGCUGACCGGGGAGAGAAGUUGUCGAGCGUGAGGGAACGGAUACAAAAACGCCUUGAGGUCCCAGAAAAGGAGUUCGAAAAGUGGCGUUUAGCACUAGUGUCCGGAGGGAAGGCCGUGUACCUGAACGAUGAAGACGCAUCCAUACGGCUGGACGACUUUGUGGUUGUCUCGGGCGGGUAUUGCAGUGAUUUGAUUUUGUGUUCCGUGAGACUCGCGAUGCCUCUGCCACCGGUGUUGUUGGCCCGCUUAAGCAAACGUGGAUUGAUUGGCACGCGCGGAAUCCCCAAGGAAGAUGAAGAGCUAGAGGAGGAAAUUAUUGCGGAGGAUUACGAUGACUACACGAAGGAGAAUAUCGCGUCUUCUUUUCGAAUGAAAUUAACGCCUGCCCCUAUGUGCCCAAACAAAUGGAACGUUCAUCACGAGUGUUCUCCGUUUUGCUGGGAAACUUGGGCGGAUCCAAGAAGACCGGAAGGGAAAUUCGAGCGGAGGAGAAGGAACAUGCUGCGCAAGUAUCCCUUACCUGCGGGAUGGAAGGAGCAGUUGGACCCGGGAACCGGGCGAUUCUACUACUGGGAGGAGAGUACUGGGAAUGUGUGUUGGAUUUCCCCCGCCUGUCCAAAAGCAAACAUAUCCCCACCUGCGGCCGUAUUGCGGGCUCAAAUCAAAGCCCAUCCAGUUGUUAGAUCUGCUGCGCCUGUGAAGAACAAGGUUGAAGACAAGAGCGAAGAGAAACUGGAAUUUUACGAGCCCAUGGAGAAAGACCCUGCCGCCACCAAAGCUGCCAUAAUAGAGAAACUCUACGCCAAGGGACGGAAGCGACAAAAAACGGCCGAUCUUGAUCCCAUGGAUCCUGCGGCUUAUUCCGACAUUCCGAGGGGAACGUGGAUGGAUGGACUCCCCACUAGCAGCGAUGCUAAGACAGGCGUGGACAGUACAGCCUCAGGACCUCUGUUCCAGCAGCGCCCAUAUCCGGCUCCUGGAGCUGUUCUCAGAGCGAACGCGGAAAAGAAAAAGAAAUGAAAUUUAUAACUUGAUUUUCACUCGUGUUUUUUCGCGUUUGAUUUCACGGGGUAAUAACCGUUUCUGGCGACUAGACGUUCAUGCGGAAAGUGCUGGCUGGCAGACUUACGUGGAAAAGAGGGAAAGCGCAGAUUUCUGCGGAAAGCCUCAACUUCAGUAAUCAAUCAGCCUUGCCACCGCGUUCUUUGAUGUUCCCUUUCUCUUCAAGUUUCAGUCUAAUGGAGAACCAUGCAAAACCAAUUUCCUCGAUUUUUCUUCGUGAUUUACGAGAACUCCCAUGUGAUGGAAGUUGGUACACGUGGGAUUCAUUUUGGCGAUUGUCGUUGGAAGACGGCGAUGCCUUCAAAUACAGUGUAUUUCCUGAUUGUUUCUACAAUACUUUGAAUCCAGAGGAAAAUGUUCGGAUGAUGAUUUUUGUGGUGGGGGUACGAACAGGACAGUGGCGAAUGGGAGUGACAACGAUUGAGCUUUGAUUACAGUACUGUAUGAGAAAGUUUCUUGGAAAUCGUGUUUUCAUUUUUGAUUUGCUGGGA